AUGUGGAUUGCUGACAUUUUUAAUGUUCGUCUUACGAUUGUUUCAGCAACAAUCUCGCUUGAUUUUAUUCUCAUCUACAAGAUGAUUAAAUCAAAAAAAACCGUCAAUCAUGCUAGCGAACGUUUCCUCUUUGCUCAAAUCGUGGCCAACAAUUUGCCAUUCACUUAUUGUUAUCUACUUGCUCCAUUCCUUUUCAUCACAAUUAUGCCAUGGGCUCCGAUGUUUUCCGAUUUCAUCUAUUACUUUGGAAAUCUGCUUUUGUACACUGGGAGUCACCUGUAUCAGGCAAUCGUCACAAUUUACCUACUGCGCAAGGACGAACGAAAAAACGUCAUUCGAAACUCAUCAGCGGUAAGA